GCAGCUGAUUGACUCAGUUUGUGGCGGGAACAUGCUGACAAAAACACCGCCACAGCUGAAUCAACUCUUUGAGGAGAUGGCAGAGAACAGGUAUGAUUGGGGCACUGCGAGGAGGUCGAGGAGAGCACCAAGCCGAGGUGUACAUUCUGUGGGAAACCAUUCCUCUGAUUUGGUGCAGGUGGUGUCAAAGCUGGUUUCAGCUAUCGACCGUUCCGGGAUGAUUCCAGGGACCGGACAGCAGCAGGCGAUGCUCUGCCAGUGGUGCGAGAGCACCCAUCAUACAGUGGAAGUCUGCCAAGCGAUGAAGGAAUCGACCACACCCCAGGAGCAGGUGAACUUCAUCAAUAAUGUCAGGCGCAAUGACCCCUACAGUAACACCUACAAUGAGGGGUGGCGCCAGCAUCCCAACUUCUCCUGGGGUGGGGCAAAUCCCAGACCACCAGUCCACCAGGGACCUCCGGGCUUUCAGAGGCCACCAUAUCAGCCCAGACAUGGGCAAUUCCAGCAGCAGCAGCAGUCUCUCUACCAGCCCAUGCAGGGGCAUGCUGCUCCAUCACAGCCGCGACCUUUCCAGCAGCCAGUUGCAGCCCCUGCCGCCCCAGUGCAGAAUGAUCAGAUGGCUGAACUGCGGGAAUUGGUGGGUUCUCUCGCCAGUUCUAGUGCUCAAAAAUUUAACACUAUCGGGCAGUUCAUGGAAAAGGCAUCGAGUAAAUUCCUGGAUCUUGAAGCUGGCCAGAGGAACACACAGGCUCUCUUGCAGGAUAUCCAAACCCAGCUGGGGAGUGUGGCUCAAGCAGUGGCACAAAGGGCUCCUGGUACUUUGCCCGGUCAGACCAUCCCUCACCCUCAGAACCCGAAUGAGCACUGCAAUGCCAUCAUGACCAGGAGUGGCAAGAUGACUGUUGACCCACCUGCUCGGGCACAAGAGAGAGAGUCCCCUGCCUCGGCAUCUCCAGCAGCUGAAGAAGAAGCAGAGAAGGAGGUUGAGGUGCCUGCACCUAAACCGCAACCGGUAGUGAAGGAGUAUAUCCCUAAACUCCCCUUCCCUACUCGGCUGCACAAAGACAGGCUGGAGGCAGAGUUCGAGAUCUUCAUGGCCAUGCUUAGGAAGCUGAAUGUCCAAGUACCUUUCCUGGAGGCACUAUCUCAAGUGCCUAUGUAUGCGAAGUUCCUGAAGGAUCUUCUCUCAAAGAAGCAGAAGCUGAGCGAGCUAGCCACUGUGGAGCUCAGCGAGGAGUGCUCGGCCAUUCUGCAGAACAAGCUUCCGCAGAAGCAGAAGGACCCAGGUAGUUUUACUAUCCCGUGCUCUAUAGAUAAUUUGCAUGUAGAGAGGUCCUUGGCGGAUUUAAGUGCUAGUAUAAAUGUUAUGCCAUAUAAACUGUUUAAGAAACUAGGCCUAGGUGAACCCCGUGCUACUAGGAUGAACCUUCAAUUAGCUGACCGAUCUGUAGUGCAUCCUAGGGGCAUAGUGGAAGACCUUCUGGUUAAGGUUGGCAAAUUCAAUUAUCCUGUUGAUUUUGUGAUUUUGGAAAUAAAUGAGGAUGUGAAUGUGCCAUUGAUACUGGGAAGGCCUUUCCUGGCCACCGCCAAGGCCCUCAUAGAUGUGCAUGAUGGGACCUUAGUUUUGAGGGAUGGUGAGGAGCGAAUAGCGUUUUCAAUUUCUAAUACUCGUCCUGCUUCGUCACCUCUGCAUGCUGUAUCUCACCAGGAGCACGAGUCUGUCGUGUAUCCUUCUGUGUUGCCUAUUUUGCAGGAUCCGCCUCCCAUACCUUCGCCGCCACUACCGUCCACUCCGUCAUCGAAGGAACAAAUCAGGGAGGAGUGGCGGCCGAAACAGCAGGCAGCUAAGCCUGCUCGAAAGAAAGCCGGAGACCACUAUGAGCUGGUCCCGCCCCCACCUUGGCCAUCCGAGUAUUCACUCGCUUGCAUCCUGCCGGAUGGCCAAGUUGAGUUGGCAAAUGCUGGUGGCCACAUUCGGCGUGUGCAUGGCCACCAUUUGAAGCUGUACCUCAAGAGCGAGGUGGAUCCUCUCUUGAAGCCACCUGCUCCUUCACCUUACUAAGCAUCCACCGACUGGCGUCCAGCUAAAAGACGGUAAAGAAGCGCUUGUGGGGAGGCAACCCCACCGAGGAUUGCAUUUUCUUACAUUUUUCCUUUUGUUUUUUUUUUUUUUUGUUUUUGAGUCUUGAGAUGUUGUUCCAGAGUCGAAUGUCAUUUUUGGGUGAAAACAGGUUGAAUUCGGGGCUCCAGCAGCUCACACGGCCAGGCCAUACUCUCUCACGGCCGUGUGGAUUUUAUCCCCUGGCCGUGUGAGCCCUCGACAAAUUCCACACGGCCAAAAGUGCAAUUCGCACGGCCGUGUGGAUUGGCCUGGCCGUGUGGCCGACACGGGCAACUCGUCUGAUCGCACGGCCGUGUGAAAUUUUUCCAUCGGCCGUGUGAGCCCUUGACAAAUUCCACACGGCCAAAAGUGCAAUUCGCACGGCCGUGUGGAUUUCCUCGGCCUGGUCGUGUCGGCCAACACGGGGCAAACUUGCACCUCGCACGGCCGUGCGAGCCUGCCCGUGUGGCCGAGCCACGGCCUAUAUAUUCGGCCAGCACGGCCGAGUGGUCAUAAUUUUGAAAAAUCCUCUCCGGAAUCCUCUGAACCUCGCCGGAAAACCGCGACAAAACCCCCCAUUUCGAUUUUUUCGGCCAUUUUUUGUCAUUUUUCCACCAAACCAACAACAAACCCACCCUUCCUAC